AGGACAGGAGUGCGGUUCGCAUCAUGGAGAUAUUUCUUAGAUAGACGGUUUCCGCAGCAUUCGGCGCUGGGCGCUAUUUAUUUGCCCAGGUGUCACUCUAGAAGACUGUUCACAUCCACGAGUUGCCUGACAAGAAAGCGCCGUCUUUUAUCAAGUAAUACGCACUAUGCAGAACGAACGCGGACAACUUUCCGUCGUGUGAAUCGGUGAACUCGGUGCCGUGGACGAUGGCACCGAUGAAGAGCACUUUCAGCGCAUUGUGCCUGUGCCUCGUGGUCCUGGAAGUAGCGCAGUGCUCCUUUGAAGCCAUACCGAAUUUUGUCGUCAUGGUGAUGGAUGACAUGGGCUGGGGAGACCUCGGUAUCUACGGUCAGCCCGCUAGAGAGACUCCAAACCUGGACAAGAUGGCGUCCGAGGGAAUCCUUUUCACCGACUUCUACGCAGCCAGCCCUGUCUGCUCGCCUUCCAGAGCGGCACUGCUGACUGGUCGGCUGCCUAUCCGGACCGGGUUCUACACGACCAACAACCACUCAAGGAACGCGUAUGUGUCACCGUGUGUGGCGGGCGGCAUGCCAAAAGAAGAGCUGCUCAUCCCGGAAAUCCUUGCCGAGGUCGGCUACAGAAACAUGAUCAUCGGAAAAUGGCAUCUGGGUCACGAACCGGAGUUCCUACCACUACGUCACGGAUUCCACGAGUUCUUCGGCUCGCCGUCGACGCAUCCGGGCCCGUUCGACGAUGUGACGAAGCCAAACAUCCCCGUCUUCAGGGACGACCACAUGAUUGGCAGGUAUUACGAGGACUUCGAAAUCGACGUGAAGACAGCAAUGUCCAACAUUACAGUUAUGUACACUGAGGAGGCCGUGUCGUUCAUUAAUCGGCAAGCUGCGCGGCGUCAACCCUUCUUCUUGUAUUGGGCACCGGACUCCACGCACGAGCCCGUCUACUCUUCCUCGGCGGUCAGAAGCCAAAGCGCCCGUGGAGCUUACGGCGAUGCGGUAAUUGAACUGGAUCGAGGCGUGGGCGCUAUUCUGCUUGCCUUGAAGACCACGGGCGUCGCAGAGAACACAUUCGUGUUUUUUACAUCAGACAACGGGGCAGCCACAUACGCCAAGACUAACGGUGGCAGCAACGGUCCUUUGCUGUGCGGAAAGCAAACUACCUUCGAAGGAGGCGUCCGGGAACCGGCCAUUGCCUGGUGGCCCGGAACUUUCCCUGCUGGCACGGUAAGCCGGUGGCCGGCUUCCAACAUGGACCUACUGCCCACCAUCGCCGAGCUGGCUCGCAUCACGCUACCGCCGGGCCUCGUGCUGGACGGACAGAGUCUUGUGGACAGCAUGCUCGGCCGGAACGAGACGCCGAGCGAGAGGCCGAUCUUCCACUACCGGGGCAAUGAGCUGAUGGCGAUUCGGAGCGGCAUGUACAAGGCCCAUUUUUGGUGCUGGACAGACUUUUGGGAGGAUUUUCAGCGGGGCGUUGACUUCUGCCCGGGACAGAGCGUGAAUGGCGUGACGAGCCACGAGCAGCGGAACUACACGCAGCAGCCGGUGCUCUUCCACCUAGGCUCGGACCCGGGAGAGAAGUUUCCCAUACCCGUCGAUUCGUCAGAGUACCGCGAGAAAAUAGGGCCCAUCCUGGAGAUCUAUCAGAAGCACAGGUGCAGUUUGGUGCCGGGCAAGCCGCAGCUGGACUGGUGCGACGACGCUGCCAUGCAGUGGGCUCCUCCUGGCUGCGAGAAGAUCGACCGGUGCCUGCCAGUGCCGCCGUCGAGACCGUAUCGCUGCCCGUGGCCGUACUAACUUGCAUGAAAGUCCGAAUAAAAUGAGUAGAGGCCUCUCUACCUUCACCGCUUUCUUAUUUUGAAUGCCACUGGGCAUGUCUUGAAGAUAGCGCUGAAACAGAAGCUACUAGUUCUUUUACCUGUUAAAGGGCAGUCAUUAAUUACACAAAUAAAAAAUAAU